AUGCGCUCUUCCUCGGUUCUGAGGAUGGCAUCAGCCUCCAUCCCCAAGGGCCUGGGGACUGCGCCGAUGGCCCUGCUUCCUCCCAUCCCACUCUACCGACGCCUGCUCCGCGCGCACCGGAAAUAUCUUCCUCAGGAAAUGAGGGUGCUCGGCGACGAGUACAUCAAGGCCGAGUUCCGCGCGCAUCGCAAUGUGGACAACCCGGCGCAUUUGAUCGGCUUCCUGACUGAGUGGCAACUGUACGCGCAAAAGGUGGAAGGUGACCAGUGGAAGGGCGACAAGAUCGACCCCGUCAAGGUUGCGAAAAUGAGUGACGAACAGAUUGCUCAGCUGUAUGAGUUGAUGCAGGCGAUUAAGGAUCGGAGCAAGCAGGGCGACGGAGAAGAGGAGCAGUCAUAA